AUGUCCAACGUAGAGGGGCCGGCGGCCCCGCCGCCAGAAGGCGUGGUGCCCGACUUUCAGAACCCGAAGGACGUCCUGCACACGAUCAACCUGGUGUCGCAGAUCCUCUCCAUCGUGAUGGUCAGCCUGUUCAUGAUGUUGCGUCUUUACGCCAAGAUGUUCAUCGCGCCGCCGUUCCACACUGAGGACUUGUAUCGUUACGGCGGUGGAUUUCACGUUUACGAGCUGUCAAAAGCAGACUUCAUGGGCUUCAACAAGGUAAUCGAAAAGACGGACUGA